ACCGCAUCUAUCCCGUACUCACCUUUCACACCCACCCCAGAUCUGUCUUUUGCUGGCCAAGGCAGAAUAUACACUCGCUACAUAGUUGCCAAACCCCACACUGCCCGUCGCUGUACUCAAGCGUCAUCGCCCGCUCCGCAACCCUUGAUCCUUAAAGAGGAUCAUCUCUCGGCCAUCGUCCCUAACUUCGAGACUCGAGAUUCGACUGCAGGCCACCCAUCUAGUUCCUUCUUGGUACGCUUGCUUACUUACCCUCACGCCCUCCCCCCUUUGACUUGCCCAUCGCCGACAUGGCUUUCGGUCAAGAUGCUGCCAAUUCCCUGUGGAAGAGAGCAGGAGGAGGAGGCCACGACAAGGGCCCAACGGACGCUGACUUCAGGAACGUUGAUGUCCAACAUUAUCUUGGUUACCUGUGGGUCGCCUUCGUUGCCGUCUUCUUCGUCUACCAGGUCAUCUUCCAUCUCGUACGAUACAUCAGGACGAUAGCAUGCCUCAGCAACGAGAAUCAACGAUACUUCGCUGUUCCCCACCACGGAUAUGCCUGGUUCAAGAAGACUUUCCUGGACGCUCCUCUUUUCCGCACUCGGCAUCAUCGUGAGUUCAAAAUGUCGACCGCUAUCAACGUGGGAACGCUUCCCAGCCGCCUGCAAACCUUCCUUCUCGUUGGCUACUUUGCUACCAACGUGGGCUUCUGCUUCUGGAGAAUCGACUACAGCAUGACCUUCUCCCAGGUCGCCUCUGAGCUCAUCAGCCGUUCCGGUAUCAUGGCCGUCAUCAACAUGAUUCCCCUUUUCCUCCUCGCAGGACGCAACAACCCAUUCAUCAGGCUGACCGGCAUCUCCUUUGACACCAUGAACCUGAUUCACCGUUGGUUUGGACGAAUCGUGGUCCUCGAGGCCCUCGCCCAUACCAUUGCCUGGAUGACCAACAAAGUCCACACCAAGGGAUGGGCUGCUGUUCAGGGAUCUUUCACAGGCAGCGAAUUCAUCAUCAGUGGUCUAGUCGCUACCAGUGCUUUCACGUUCCUGCUCUUCCAGUCCCCAUCUGUAGUCCGCCAUGCUUUCUACGAGACCUUCCUGCACUUCCAUAUUCUGGGUGCAAUGUUCUCCAUCGGUGGUCUCAUGGUCCAUCUUAAGGGUCGCGAGCAGAUUCUCAUGGUCUGGGGUGUUGUCGCAGUUUGGGCUUUUGAGCGCGCCUUCCGCUUCUUCCGUCUUGUCAUUCGCAAUGUCGGAAACGGUGGCACAAAGGCCGAAGUGGAGGUUCUCCCAGGUGAUGCCCUUCGCGUCAACAUCCGCAUGGCACGCCCCUGGAACUUCCGACCCGGACAGCACGCUUACCUCUACAUGCCAUCCAUCGGUCUCUGGACCAGCCAUCCCUUCUCUCUCGCUUGGAGCGAGGAGGAGCAGGACCUCAACAUUACCUCCAUGUCAGCUGACGAGAAGGGUCUCCCUAUGAACCGCCAAGACAUCCUCGAGAAGCACAAGACCAGCAUGUCUUUUAUUAUUCGACGCAGAACCGGUUUCACCGAGAAGCUAUACAAGAAGGCUGAUCUUUCUGCGGCCGGCAGAUUCACAACCACCGCAUACAUGGAGGGCCCGUAUGGUGGUGAGGACCUCACAUCCUACGGUACUGUCAUGCUCUGGGCUGCAGGUAUUGGUAUCACGCAUCAGGUCCCUCACGUGCGUGACAUUGUUGCCGCUUAUGCCAAUGGUACCACCGCGACACGCCGUCUCACUCUCGUGUGGAUUAUCCAGUCUCCAGAGCAUCUUGAGUGGAUCCGCACAUGGAUGACCCAAAUCCUCUCCAUGCCCCGCCGCCGUGAGAUUCUCAAGAUUCUCCUUUUCGUUACACGACCAAGGAGCACCAAGGAGAUCCAUUCGCCCUCUUCCAGCGUGCAGAUGUUCCCCGGAAAGCCCAACGUGCAAGCCUUGAUCGAUCAAGAAAUGCAAGAGGGUAUCGGAGCUGCAUGUGUCUCGGUCUGCGGAACCGGUGGCCUUGCCGACGACUUGAGGCGCGCCGUCCGCAACCGCGAGCGCGAGUGGAAUGUAGACUUCCGUGAGGAGUCCUUCUCCUGGUAAACGCCAACUGGUCUUGCGCUUCUCUCCUGGAUUCUCUAUACCCGCAUAUGUCAUGACAAUAACUACGACAAAUCAUCUUCGGUGGCUUUUGCGCAUACUACUGCCAUUUUUUGGGUUCCUACAUAUAUACG